UUUAAGGUUCCCGAAUUCGUUGAGUAUUUGCUAGUCGGUGCCGGAGCGGCUGCAUAUUAUGCAUCGUUGGCUAUACGAGCUCGUCACGCUGAUGCAAAAGUUCUCAUGAUCGGCGAGGAAAACCAUCUGCCGUAUAACCGUCCUCCUUUGUCAAAAGAGCUGUGGUGGUAUGGUGACGAAAAUUCGGCGACUAGUCUACAGUAUGAAGGCCUCAGUGGAAAGAAGCGCGAUGUAUACUUUGAAGCCGAGGGUUUCUUUGUGCCUCCAUCAGAGUUGCCGUCAACGGUUCAUGGCGGUGUAUCGCUGCUGAAAGGGCACCGAGUGAAGAAGCUUAACCCUAGAGAGAAAAAAGCUUACCUCGAUGAUGGAACAUGUAUUUCGUACGAUAAGUGCCUCAUCGCUACAGGAGGAAAACCGAAGACAUUACCUGAACUUGAUGAUGCUGGUGAAGACGUAAAAGAGAGGAUACUGUAUCUGCGAGGGGUUCGUUAUGUUCUGGAAUUUCGUUUGCUUUUCGUUCCAGUAACUAUUGUUGGCGGCGGUUUCACUGGUUCAGAGUUAGCUUAUAGCAUUCGUAGAAGAUAUCAAGAUGUAGAAAUCAGUCAGGUCGUUCCUGAGAAAGGGAAUCUGAGCCAAGUUCUGCCGGAACUUUUGUCACAGAAAGCUACGGAGUCCCUCCGCGGAGUUGGAGUUGAUGUAAUAACCGAUGCUAAGGUUAGCUGUUACCCACGAUUACAAAAAGCUCUCACGCCCGACUAUGUUAUCGUUUGUGUAGGAAUUGAGCCAGAUACCUCAGUUGCAGAAGCUUCCGGUCUUGAGAUUGACAGCCGGUUAGGCGGCGUAGCUGCAGAUGCAGAGCUUCGAGUUCAGUCUGAUAUCUGGGCUGCAGGAGAUUCAGCAUCGUUCUACGACAAAUCGUUAGGUCGACGGAGGAUUGAGCACUGGGAGAAUGCACAAGUAAGUGGACGUCUGGCAGGUGAAAACAUGACGGGAGCCGGAAAAGCGUUCUGGUACCAACCAUCGUUCUUCUCGAAGAUUGCUCCACAAUGGAAUCUCAAUGCCGUCGGCAUCACAGAUUCAUCUCUACCAACUGUUUCAGUGUUCGCGAAAGAUGACAAUGCCAAUGAAAGCUAUGAACGUGGCGUUGUUUUCUAUAAAGGAGAGAACGGAAAGGUUGUUGGUGUACUUUUGUUGAACGUCUAUGGCUCUGGGGUCGACGUAUCACGUCGUAUAAUCGAGGAAGCGCGAAGUAUAGACGAUUUUCGACAACUGGCAAAGCUUUAUGAACUCUACAGCCCCCUUGAACCCGAACAGGAAGAAAAGAGUGAAGCGAAGUCGGAUAAGGAUGAAUAG